UCCCGGUCCCGGUCCCGCUCCCGUUCCCGGUCCCGUUCCCGUUCCCGGUCCCGUUCCCGGUCCCGCCCCGCCAUGGCCGCCGCCCGCAGCCCGAACGCGCUGUUCGCGCGCUGGAUCCGCGAGUGGCGCCGCGAGGCGCGGAGCGCCCGGGCCCGCGCCGCCUACGGCAGGGCGCUGCGCUCGCUCUCCCGGUACCCGCUGCCGCUGCGCUCCGGCCGCGCCGCCGCCAUCUUGCAGCACUUCGGCCCCGCCCUCUGCGCCCGCCUCGACCAACGGCUGAGCCAGCACCGCCGGGAGCUGGGCCUCCCGGCCACGCCCCCCCGGCGGCAGGAGCGCUGCCCAGCCCCUCCCCCAGCCCCGCCCGCGGUGAGUCCGCCCCUCCCCCACCCCCCCAAAAUUACUGGGAGGGGGGAGGGGUGUGACCCCGAGUGGGACUUUGAGCUGCAGCCCGGCCACUUCGACAUCGUCCUGUGCGCCGACGUCACCGAGGCCCACGGCCCGUCCGGGGGGCUCCCGGCCCUGCUGCGCUCCCGGGGGGUCCCGGUGCUGCUGCGGCGCCUCCCGGUCGGAGACUUCCUCUGGGUGGCGCGAGAGAGGGACCCGCCCGCAGGCCACGCCCCCCGGGAGCUGGUGCUGGACGUGGUGGUGGAGCGGAAAUCGGCGGCGGAUUUGGGGAACAGCAUCCGGGACGGGCGGUACCGGGAGCAGAAG